CUUCUGAGCUCAGGACUCAGAGAUAGAGAGAUAGACAGCGAAAGGUUAGAGAUAACAGUAGUAGUAUUACCGAUGUUUGAGUCGGUUAUGGCCUUACGUCUCCCCAACGGAUUUUGCUCUUCGACGGCGUUACUCCAGUAUCGUUCUAAUUCGACCUCGGAAGAAGGAGGAAGUUGCUUCCAUUAUGCUUCUCGCCGCGUCUUUCAGCCUCAACGUCUAAACCAUAUUGAUGGGAGUGGACUUCUGAAGUACAAAGGUGACUAUUUUUCAAAAAAACUCCCAAGGAAGAAACGAAUUCAAGCCACAGCAGAGUACGUAGAUUCAGCUUCAGAUCCAGAAAAGCAAACUGGCAAAUCAAGGUAUCAUCCUUCAGAAGAAAUCAGAACCUCCUUGCCACAGAAUGCCGGAGAUUCCAGGCUUUCACCUGCAGAAACUACUAGAACCAUCAUUGAGGUGAACAAUAAAGGAACCCUGAUGCUUACAGGUUCAAUUGGUGAUGGAGUUCAUGAGAAUAUUCUCUGGCCAGAUAUACCAUAUAUAACAGAUCAGAAUGGAAAUUUAUACUUUCAAGUAAAGGAGGAUGAGGAUGUCAUGCAGUCUGUUACUUCUGAAAAUAACUAUGUGCAAGUAAUAGUAGGUUUUGAUACAAUGGAGAUGAUCAAGGAAAUGGAGCUGAUGGGUCUAUCUGAUAGUGACUUUGAAACUGAUGAUGAUGAGAAUGAAGGAGAAGAUGACAGUGAGGAUACAGGAGAUGACGAAGAUGAGGAGGAAUGGGUUGCUGUUCUAGAGGAUGAAGAUGAAGACGACGAUGAUGAUGAGGAUGAUGACGAUGAUGAUGAGGAUGAUGAUGAUGAAUCGCUUGGAGACUGGGCAAAUUUGGAAACAAUGAGGAGUUGUCAUCCCAUGUUCUUUGCAAAGAGAAUGACUGAGGUUGCUUCGAAUGAUCCUGUUGAUUGGAUGGAUCAGCCAUCUGCUGGUCUUGCUAUCCAGGGACUUUUGAGUCAUAUCUUAGUGGAAGAUUAUUCAGAUAUCCAAAAGAGACUUGCUGACAGCAAUUCUACAAUUACGAGCGGAAACAAGGAUGCAGAAAACUUAGAAGAGAAACUUGCAGACAUUAGUAAGGCAGGUGGUGAAGAAUCUGAGAUAGAUUCAUCGGAGGGUGAAAAACCAAGAAAUGUGGUCGCAUUUUACAAGCUGGAGAUGAUAAGAAUUCAGCUUAUUACAGCACAAGGGGAUCAGACUGAAGUUGAGGUGGAAGAUGUCAGAAAAGCACAACCUGAUGCUAUUGCUCAUGCAUCAGCUGCAAUCAUAAGCCGUUUAGAAGAAUCUGGUGAUAAACUAACUGAAGCCCUCAAAUCUCUGUGUUGGAGACAUAACGGUGUUCAAGCAGAGGAAGUGAAGUUGAUUGAGAUAGAUUCCUUGGGUUUUGACCUCAGGCUUUGCGCAGGAGCUAAAAUUGAAUCAUUGCGGUUUGCAUUCUCGACAAGGGCAACAUCAGAAGACAACGCAGAAGGACAAAUUAGAGAACUAUUAUUCCCAACUACACACCCGUCUAAGCAACCGAAGUGAACAAGUCAGAAGGAGUGUUGAUGCUGUGGUAGUUUUCAGUCAAGCUGCGCCAGAGAAAACAAUUCCAUGAACCAAACUCCAAACAAAGCAAUGCGUAGGUUUAUGGAACAAACAUGAACAAGUUCUUGGAGAUGUAGCCCAAGAAUAAAUCUGUGGCAUGGAGCUAUUUUUCAAUUGAUUUUUGAACGGUGUAGUUUUGUUUUAAAUUGGUUUCAAGUUCGUGGGUUACUCAGUUGUGCAUUGAAGUUUCAACCCAUUCUUUAGAAAAAUGCUUGCUCAUGCCAAAAUCCCCUCUAACAGGACCUCAAUUUUGGUAUAUACUGAUCAAUCAUGAUCUUUCGGGUUA